GUUGCUUUGCGGCGCUUUCCGCGGGGAAACUGUGUAAUGAGUGGGGAAACUUAAAAGUUGGAGGCUGCAGACCCGGUAUUGGAAAGUUUCAUGUGGGGUGCCAUUGUGGGGAAGUGGGGCUCGCUCAUUAUUUCCUGCUCCCACCGUAGGCCCGUGGGUGUCGAUAUUAGCGAUAUUGUCCUUUACGUGCUGGGCAUGCUCCCUUAAGACUGUCGGGAUCUUCACUAAGAACCCCGCCGCGAAUCGGGUGAGCUUCGGGCAGUCUUUCGGUGGGGAAUGCUUGGAAGCUGCUCAUUGUUGGAUAUGGGCAGCAAGAAACUAAAACGAGUGGGUUUAUCACAAGAGUUGUGUGACCGUCUGAGUAGACAUCAGAUUCUUACCUGUCAGGACUUUUUAUGUCUUUCCCCACUGGAGCUUAUGAAGGUGACUGGUCUGAGUUAUCGAGGUGUCCAUGAACUUCUGUGUACGGUCAGCAGGGCCUGUGCCCCAAAGAUGCAAACGGCUUAUGGGAUAAAAACACAAAGGUCUGCUGAUUUCUCACCAGCAUUCUUAUCUACUACCCUUUCUGCUUUGGAUGAAGCCUUGCAUGGUGGUGUGGCUUGUGGAUCCCUCACAGAGAUAACAGGUCCACCAGGUUGUGGAAAAACUCAGUUUUGUAUAAUGAUGAGCAUUUUAGCUACAUUACCCACCAAUAUGGGAGGAUUAGAAGGAGCUGUGGUGUACAUUGACACAGAGUCAGCAUUUAGUGCUGAAAGACUGGUUGAGAUAGCAGAAUCCCGUUUUCCCAGAUAUUUUAACACUGAAGAAAAAUUACUUUUGACAAGUAGUAAAGUUCAUCUUUAUCGGGAGCUCACGUGUGAUGAAGUUCUGCAAAGGAUUGAAUCUUUGGAAGAAGAAAUUAUCUCAAAAGGAGUUAAACUUGUGAUUAUUGACUCUGUUGCUUCUGUGGUCAGAAAGGAAUUUGAUACACAACUUCCAGGCAAUCUCAAAGAAAGAAACAAAUUCUUGGCAAGAGAAGCAUCUUCCUUGAAGUAUUUGGCUGAGGAGUUUUCAAUCCCAGUUAUCUUGACGAAUCAGAUUACAACCCAUCUGAGUGGAGCCCUGGCUUCUCAGGCAGACCUGGUGUCUCCAGCUGAUGAUUUGUCCCUGUCUGAAGAUUUAAAGCGGCUUCAUCUUUGACGUGGUACUCUAACCCAUGACAUUCAAAAGCCACAAGGACAGAAAAAGAAUUUUCUGAGACUGCUUGAAGCACAACCUCAUUUGAUAUGAUUUCCUAGCCUAGAAUAUAAUCAGGAAGGCCCUAAUUUCUUUCUGUUACUGUUGUUUUUAAGCAAAAAAGAUGCUAUUCCUCCUCUUCUAUUUCUUUGCACAUAGUGAAUACUAGUCACCCCGCCACCAAACAACAACCUGGAAAUCAACUUUCCCUCUGUUCCAUUGUCCCUCCAAACAACCACUCAAUCAUCAAGAUUUCUUCCUUAAUAACUUUCAUAUCCACCCCUGCAUCUGGGAUCUCAGUUCACACCUUGGAUUGCUGCUGCCUGGACUAGCCCAGCAGUCCCCACUCUGUAGUCCUUUCGUCCCUCUUCUAUACCAUGUCCAAAGUGUUCUUUCUAGCAGAACAAUGUGAUUGUGUUACUCUUGUACUUGAAAUCCCUCCGUGUCUUUUUCACUGUCUCUGGGAUUUAUUCCAGACUCCUUAGCAUACACACAGGGACCUCAAGGGUCUGGCAGCUGCUCAGUUCUCCAGCCGUAUCUCUCUGAAUGGUUUCUCUCUUGGCCUCAUUUCUCCAUCACCCCUCCUCCCCCAAAACACAUACACUAGAACCAUUGUUUGUUACUCAGAGUACUUCUUAUGCUCUAGGAUAGUUCAUAUUUUUUGGUCCCUUUUGCUGCUCCUCUGCCUGUAACUUAUCCUUUCCCCACUUGCUUUCCCUCUACCCCCCAAAGCUGGCCCAGCUUUUAAGACUCAAUCAAAGUACCACCUCUCUGAAGUCUUUUUCACAGUUCACCCUUAGGAAGAAUGAAACAUUCUCUUCCUUGUCUUCCCUUCCAUGUCUGUAAUCCUCAACACAUUUUUUUUUGAGAUGGAGUUUCGCUGUUGUUACCCAGACUGGAGUGCAAUGGCACCAUCUCGGCUCACCGGAACCUCCGCCUCCUGGGUUCAAGCAAUUCUCCAGCCUCAGCCUCCCGAGUAGCUGGGCUACAGGCGCGCACCACCAUGCCCAGCUAAUUUUUGUAUUUUUAGUAGAAACAGGGUUUCACCCCAUUGACCAGGAUGGUCUCGAUCUCUUGACCUCGUGAUCCACCCGCCUUGGCCUCCCAAAGUGCUGGGAUUAUAGGUGUGAGCCACCGCGCCCGGCCACUUUUUUUUAAUGAAUUGUUUGCUACACUGUUUGCCUUCACUAGACUGAAAAAUUGUAGGGACGAAGUCCAAGUCAUGUUCCUUCUGUUGUCUCUAAUAUCUAUUAUCGUUGCUGACACUUUAGCAGUAUUUCAUAAAUGUUUAUUGACUAAAUGCAUAUUUAUCUGUGCAUAAAAGAGUAACAGUUUCAGAGUUUUUGUUAGCUGCAUUCCUUUACUUCCUAUCAGCUUGGGAAAAUAGAUUUAGCACCCACAAAAUGAUUGGGGUCCCCUGUACUGCAAAGAUUUGACUUUAAGAAGUAGGUGUCUGGGGCCGGGCGCGGUGGCUCACGCCUAUAAUCCCAGCACUUUGGGAGGCCGAGACAGGUGGAUCACGAGGUCAAGAGAUCAAGACCAUCCUGGUCAACAAGGUGAAACCCCGUCUCUACUAUAAAUACAAAAAUUAGCUGGCCAUGGUGGUGAGUGCCUGUAGUCCCAGCUACUCGGGAGGCUGAGGCAGGAGGAAUUGCUUGAACCCAGAAGGCGGAGGUUGCGGUGAGCCGAGAUUGUGCCAUUGCACUCCGGUCUGGGUAACAACAGCGAAACUCUGUCUCAAAAAAAAAAAGAAAUUAAAUUAAAAGAAGAGGCGGCUAGGUACAAUAGUUCAUGUCUAUAAUCCCAACAUAUUGGGAGGCGAAGGCAGAAGGAUCACUUAAGCCCAGGAAUUUGAGACCAGCCUGAGCGAUGUGGUAGGACCCAGUGUCUAUGAAAAACCAUAUUUAUUAGCUAGAUAUGGUGGCAUGUGCCUCCUGAGUUGGAUGAGGCAGGAGGAUUGCUUGAGCCUGGGAGGUCAAGGCUGUAGUGAGCCAUGAUUGUGCCACUGCACUCCAGCCUGGAUGACAGAGUGAGACCCUGUUUCAAAAAAUAAACAAACAAAUAUAUAACAAUAAAUAACGAAGCAGGCUCAUGAACAGCAUCAGCAGUUUCAGCUACUAAUACUAGCCAUCUUUGUUCCUCGUAGAGUGCAGAGGGCUGCUGGUCACUUUUGAUCUUUAUUAAAACACCCACACACAGUAAGAUUGCUUGGGAAUCCAAGGCAGAAGAUAUCUGUGUGGUUUGAGAGGACUUUAAAAUGAUAGAGAAGGCUGGGCGCAGUGGCUCCUGUCGGUAAUCCCAGCACUUUGGGAGGCUGAGGCAGGCAGAUCUCAAGACCAGCCUGACCAACAUGGAGAAACCCCGUCUCUACUAAAAAUACAAAAAAUUAGCCGGACGUAGUGGCACAUGCCUGUAGUCUCAGCUACUUGGGAGGCUGAGAUAGGAGAAUUGCUUGAACCUGGGAGGCAGAGGUUGCGAUAGCCGAGAUCAUGCCACUGCACUCCAGUCUGGGCAACAAGAGCGAAACUCCAUCUCUAAAUAAAUAAAUAGAUAAAUAGUGAUAGUCUCAUCCUUUUAAAGUAGUUUAAACAUACACUACCCCAGGGCAGGGAUGGAAUAAUGAAUUUGCUGAAUAUUCUUUGUGGGCUCUGAACAUCAACAGGGCAAUAGAGAAGUCAAGAAAUGAAAGAUGCUGGUAAGGUCAGCACAUACCUAUCUUGGUACCAGUGCUACCAAGUGACCAUUGCAUGGACCAUGCUCUGGGAGGGCAUGAGAAAUAUUAAAUGCCAAGGACAUUCCCUCAAUGAGUUUACAGUUCAAAGCUUUAACGUCACUGAAAGUAAUACUUCUGUGACAAGCUUUGAUGAUAAAUGUAGACUAAUUUUUUUUUUUUUUUUUUUUUUUGAGACAGAGUUUUGCUCUUGUUACUCAGGCUGGAGUGCAAUGGCGCGAUCUUGGCUCACCAUAAACUCUGCCUCCCGGGUUCAAUCAAUUUUCCUGCCUCAGCCUCCUGAGUAGCUGGGAUUACAGGCACGCGCCACCAUGCCCAGCUAACUUUUUUUUAUAUUUUUAGUAGAGACAGGGUUUCACCAUGUUGACCAGGGUUGUCUCGAUCUCUUGACCUCGUGAUCCACCCGCCUUGGCCUCCAAAGUGCUGGGAUUACAGGCGUGAGCCACCGCACCCGGCUGUAGACUAAUUUUUUAAAAAUUAUAUAAACAUUUUAAAUACUUUGCAAAGCACCAACAAAUUCCUUAGGUGUGCUGUGGUAGCAAGAACAGUUUGUAAUGACUGAAAAGUGAAGAAUCUAUGGUAUAUUCAUGGUCUAAAUUACAUAUUGUAAGCUGGUGUGCCCUCUGGGGUGAAGUCAUACAAUAUUUUCAAAUUCAGAAAAUUUUAAAUAAAAAAUUAAGAUUUCUUAUUUGUGCUUUCCUUGUGCUCUCGGGUCAAAAUGAUUCAUGCAAGACUUGAUGGUUUGAAAGAAAACUGUACAAAGGCAUUCAACUUUGGCUAAAUGGGUUCUGGUAUAAAUGCAAAGGAUAUUUAACUCACUUGGGAGCUCAUAGGCAUAAUGCAUAUGUUUGUUUAAACACAAAAAAACCAAUUGAAGAUUAACAUUGACUUUGUCUCAUAGUUUAGAUCUGGGAUAAACAAACCUUUUCUGUAAAGAGCCAGAAUAUUUUAGGCCUUUAUUUAUUUUAGGUUUUGCAGGUUAUGUGAUCUGUGUUGCAGCUAAACAGCUCUGCCACUCUAGUGCAUCAGUAGCCAUAGGCAACACAUGGGCAAAUGAGCAUGGCUGUGUUCUAAUAAAACUUUGUUUAUGAACACUGAAACUUGAAAUUUAUAUAAUUUCUACAUGUCACAAAAUAUUAUUUUUCAACUAUUUAAAACCGUAAAAUCUAUUCU